CGCAUACACACAAACGCGCGGGCACACACACACAUGCACUGCGCGGCAAGAAGUGAAGCGCUCGAGCAGCAUCACUGAGCUCAGUCGCUGGGGUUGUCGCACGGAUAUCCUCCCUCGGAUUGCUUUUACACACCAGUUUCGACCUCACCUAUACGAUUUUUACGCAAACAGUUUGCGGACAGGGAUGCCACUCUUGUGUCAAGUGCUUGGAUUAUAUUUGGGUGUUGAAAUUGCAUUCGCAAUUGCGUAAAAGAGCCUUCCACACCUUUGCGUAACGUAGAGACGUAGGAUUGUCUUUUGCGCAAUUGGUUGUGUUUUGAGAAGAAGGAUCGGACUGAAUGUAACAAGGACCGGUUUGGAUCGCAAAAUAAGAACCAGCAUAGUUCAUAAGCCCAUCUGCGUCCGGGCACCCUUUGGUUUUACGCAUCUCAAUUGGGUGCGCAGGAAUUACUGCACUGGACCGUCCUCGAGAUCGAGCGCGCGCCACACCGCAAACACUGCAGCUCAACCCAUCUAAUGCCUGCGUUUAGGUGAAAACCUAAAGAUUGCCAUGCCAGGACAGUGAGAAGGCAGAUACUUGUUCUUCCUGUACGGUAGCAUGGCUCCGUCCCGGAGGGACUGCAGAUGUGAGAUGAUCUUGCUGUCGGGAUGCCUACUCCUGUUCGUCUUGGGAUUUCGACCCGCAUUGGCGAAGGUUUGCAACGAUUACACGAGGCACGGCCUGGACAACAACUGGUACAUGAGGGACGGUGAGAAGUUGCCAAUCAUGGUCCUGAUGCCGAUGAACGAGUCGGCGCUGAUGAGCAGCAUCAGUCAAGGCAUCGAGCCUGCCGUCCAGCUGGCCAUCCAACACAUACGAGAGUCCAGACAGUACUCAUUCUCACUCAUCACCAAAAUAUACGACACUGAGUGUGACAAUGCAAAGGGAUUGCGGGCCUUCUUUGAUGCAAUCUGCUACGGUCCAAAGCAUUUGAUGAUCUUUGGAGGAGUUUGUCCAUCAGUGACUUCAAUCAUCGCCGAAUCUUUAGAGGGUUGGAACCUCGUACAGCUUUCUUUUGCGGCCACAACUCCUGUGCUGGCAGACAAGAAGAAGUAUCCAAAUUUCUUCAGGACGGUCCCUUCAGACAAUGCUGUGAACCCCGCUGUGGUAAAGUUUCUCAACUAUUACAAUUGGAGCAGAGUGGGAACCCUGACCCAAGACGUUCAGCGCUUUUCUGAGGUGCGUAAUGAUUUGACCAAUGAGCUGGAGAAGGCAGACAUCCAGAUUGCAGACACAGAGAGUUUCUCUAAUGAUCCCUGUGUGAAUGUGAAGAAACUAAAGGACAAUGAUGUCCGGAUCAUUAUUGGUCAGUUCGAUGAAAAUCUCGCCUCGAAAGUUUUCUGCUGUGCAUAUAACUUGAACAUGUAUGGCAGUAAGUAUCAAUGGAUCAUCCCAGGAUGGUACCAGGGGAACUGGUGGGAGCAGGCAAACUCCACCAAUUGCACCACUAAGAAGCUGCUAACCGCUAUGGAGGGUUACAUCAGCGUGGAUUUUGAGCCCCUUAGUGCCAAACAGAUUAAAGGAAUAUCAGGAAGGACACCACAAGAGUAUGCGAGAGAAUACAAUCGUGAGAGAGAGCAGAAAGGGGUGGAGGCGAGCAAGUUUCAUGGCUUUGCGUAUGAUGGCAUCUGGGUGAUAGCGAAGACCCUCACCCGUGUCAUGGAGCUCCUCAGCAAUAAGGAGAGGCAUGACAUGUACCACAACUUCACAGUGGAUGAUCGUGAGGUGGGCAAGAUGGUUCUGGAUGUGAUGAACGAGACCAACUUCUUUGGAGUGACGGGUCAGGUGAUGUUCAGGAACGGAGAGCGCAUGGGGACCAUAAAGUUCACCCAGUUUCAAGAGGGUCAUGAGGUGAAGGUGGGCGAGUACAAUGCCAUCGCGGAUGUAUUGGACCUUAUCAACCACACCAUCAGAUUCCAAGGUGUGGAACCACCGAAGGAUCGGACGUUUGUGCGUCUGCAGCGCCGGCAAAUAAACGUCCCCCUAUACAGCAUCCUGUCUACCAUCACUAUACUGGGCAUGCUGAUGGCUGGAGCUUUCCUCUUCUUUAACAUCAAGAACCGGAACCACAGGCUGAUCAAAAUGUCGAGUCCCUAUAUGAACAAUCUAAUCAUUCUGGGAGGGAUGCUGUCGUACGCCUCCAUCUUUCUCUUUGGUCUGGAUGGAUCCUUUGUGUCAGACAAGGAAUUUGAGACCCUUUGCACUGUCCGUACAUGGAUCCUCAUUGUGGGUUACACAACAGCUUUUGGUGCGAUGUUUGCAAAGACCUGGAGAGUCCAUGCCAUCUUUAAGAACGUAAAGAUGAAGAAAAAGAUUAUCAAGGACCAGAAGCUCUUUAUCAUCGUGGGUGGGAUGUUACUGAUUGAUUUGUGCAUCCUCAUAUGCUGGCAGAUCGUGGAUCCCCUGAAGCGAACUGUGGAAGAGUACAGCUUGGAGGCGGAUCCUCAGGGACGAGACAUCGCUAUCCGGCCCUUCCUGGAACACUGCGAGAACACGCACAUGACCAUUUGGCUGGGGAUUGUCUAUGCCUACAAAGGCCUCCUUAUGUUGUUUGGAUGCUUCUUGGCGUGGGAAACCAGAAACGUGAGCAUUCCAGCCCUGAAUGACAGCAAGUACAUCGGCAUGAGUGUUUACAACGUGGGCAUCAUGUGUAUCAUCGGGGCAGCCGUGUCCUUCCUGACCCGGGAUCAGCCUAACGUGCAAUUCUGCAUCGUGGCACUGGUCAUUAUUUUCUGCAGCACCAUCACGCUAUGUCUGGUGUUUGUGCCAAAAUUUGUCACGAUGCGAACAAACCCGGAUGCUGCUACCCAAAACCGAAGGUUAAAGUUUACUCAGAACCAGAAGAAAGAAGAUUCUAAGACUUCAACUUCAGUAACUAGUGUUAACCAGGCCAACACGUCUCGUCUGGAUGGACUACAGACAGAUAAUCAUCGUCUCCGAAUGAGAAUCACAGAGUUGGAUAAGGAACUAGAAGAGGUUACAAUGCAACUGCAGGACACUCCAGAAAAAACUCCAUACAUUAAACAGAACCACUAUCAAGAAGUCAGCAAUAUCUUGAGCAUACGCAACUUCACAGAUGGCAAAGAUGGAGAGAAAUCUCUGAAGAACCAUUUAGAGCAGAAACCUCAGGCUCAGUGGGGAUCUAUGGAUCCAUCUAGGAUAAGCAGAGGUCCAUUAGAAGACAUCAACUCACCAGAACACAUACAGCGCAGACUGUCUCUGCAGCUGCCCAUCCUGCACCACGCCUAUCUGCCCUCCAUAGGGGGUGUGGAUGCCAGCUGCAGCAGUCCCACGGGCAGCCCGUCCUCCAGCCCCCAUCACAGACACAUGCCCCCUUCCUACAGGGUUAUGGUCUCCGGCCUGUGAGUCCCACCCCAGACCUGUACUCUGAGGAAGCCAUCGACUUUUUUCAAACAGACUGAGCAAUAUCAGCGGUUAAGAGAAGCGAGUGAGCGACCCGGGGGGGGAUUGGACUCUUCUUGCACCCAUGACCCCUCUUCUCCCACCAUCCAUGGCCACAUCAGAGCAGGACUGAUCUUUCAGGCUCGGAGGGAGGUGAUCGGAUGUCCACCAAGACUCCCGUGUUCUCGGUCCCGUCACCUCCCGCCUCACUCUCAACAGACCCACGGCCCCUCAAAAUAGCAAAGCUCAACCGAGGACAGGAGCUGUAGCCUUACCUGCUUCAAAGAGACGUUUCUACCGGCAGCCUUCGAGACGAUAUCUGCAGACGUCGGUUCUGCUUCAACUUGUGGAUUCCUAUUCACCGCGCCAACAGCCGUGUAAAUACCAUAUUCGAACAUCGAAUAUGCUGUGAAACGAAAUAUUCUGGGACGUAUUAUUCUGAUGUGGCCUGGUGCUUUGGAAAAACUGGUAACAAACCGGGAAUAGACACGUGCAACGUCGCAAACCGUUCGGUAUGAAUUUGUUGUAUUGCUUCAUUGUCCCCAUAGUGUGGUUAUUGGUAAACAAGACUAUUAAAAUGUACAUUUUGCUAAAGAGAACAAGCAAGUGUUUCAGGGUAACGCGGGCCAACUAUUCCUUCCUGGAUCGACACGUAUCGCACUUUCGUAAAUAAGUUUUAUUCUUAGACAAAACAGACCUGACCUGGUAACAGAGUAUGGAAACGUACAACUUUAAAUUAUCGCUUUAAGUUAGAGACUCACGCUGACAGAGUCUCAGUUAAACAAAUGUGAACGAAAGAGCCCCCGUAGGCAAACGUAUCGGCCUAGCGCGGCGGUUUCAGAGGGUCAGUCUUCCAUUACAGCAGAGCGAGUUGAUCCUGCAUCCUGCACCCGGGCACGUGGUGCGAAUCCGAAGCGCGGAGACGCGGACCCAUGCUACGGAUGUACAAUAGCCGGCACGUGACCGUGCUGUUACAGAACAAGAGGACACACAAAUUGCGAUAAUAACAGGGAAGUGGUACUUCAUGCAGAGCAAAACCAAAAUAUCCUCACAGAAAGCUGCGAGGUUACACAAAAGAACUGGUCCACACAACAGGAAAGAAGAUACGUAUUGUAUUAAACAGUGGGACUGAAAAAUUAGCACAAGUGUAAUUAACGUAAUAAGAAUGAGUCAGAUAUGAACAAAAGCCUCACUUUCCGGUGCAGUCUCUUUAUUUUCUCGAUUUGUUUUCCUCUCGGUUGAUGAUAAAAACACAUUCGGUUCUAGUUUGGGUUCAAAGGGCUCGGAUGGAGGCGCGGGUGAGAAUUAGAUUACAGGUCGGGGGAGAUACGGCAGAAAGGUCCAGUGUCAGAGCGACAUUGUGAAAUAACUCACCUAGCUCACCUAGCAACAGUGAAUUUACCUCAUAGUUGCUAUCGAAAUGUUACUGUGUGCUGUGAACUUUGCACAAUGUUUUGCAGAGAUAGGGAACAUCUGCAUAUAGCCGUUGUUAUAUUUUGUAAAUGUAUAUCGAGACAACAAAGGAAAUGUAAUCAAAAUACAAAUGAUCGGAAAUAAGCUACGUAUCAUCCAUUUUAAACAUUUCAGCUGAUAUCUCACCAUAGGUGUCUUGGUUUUUGUUUUUUAUUUUGGUUGGAUUUGUUACGUGUGCCUGUUGUCUUUAGAUAAACGAAUCAAAAACAGUUCAUACAGUAAGUGAAUGCAUCUUAACUUCCCUGCUGAAAAAAACAAUAAAACCAUUACAGAAAAUUCUAAUGGUUUCCAUUAACAUACCAAUAGGAACCAUUAGCUUUUACCAUUAAAACCACUACACUGUAGUGUGUUUUGGGCCAUAUUUCAUUAGAACCAAUACAUAUUCCAUUAGAACCAAUACAUAGAACCAAUAGAACCAAUACAUACCAUUAGAGACCAACAAGAACCACUACACUGUAGUGUGUUGGGCCAUAUUUCAUUAGAACCAAUACAUAUUCCAUUAGAACCAAUACAUAGAACCAAUACAUACCAUUAGAGACCAACAAGAACCACUACACUGUAGUGUGUUGGGCCAUAUUUCAUUAGAACCAAUACAUAUUCCAUUAGAACCAAUAGAACCAAUACAUACCAUUAGAGACCAACAAGAACCACUACACUGUAGUGUGUUUUGGGCCAUAUUUCAUUAGAACCAAUACAUAUUCCAUUAGAACCAAUACAUAGAACCAAUACAUACCAUUAGAGACCAACAAGAACCACUACACUGUAGUGUGUUGGGCCAUAUUUCAUUAGAACCAGUACAUAUUCCAUUAG